AUGCCGGUCACUAUCCGCCCGUCUAGCCAACCGCUUGCAAAGCAUAUCACCGACCGGUUGAAUACUCCCCACGAUGUGCUUAAGACCCUUUUCAGUGGCACCCGCAUGAAGGAAUGCGAUGAAAUUCUACAGAGCUCCUUUGCUGUGUCCAGUUCUUCUAGGGGAGCCAUCUCAACUAACCUCACGCAUACCCAUGUCCAUGGGGUUGAGUUGAACAAUGCCCUCGUGGGCGCCGCUGUACGCGCAUACAACAAUCACCACCAUCUUAUUAUACGACCAGAUGACGUCUGGAUCUCGAUCCUCACACAGUUCAACCUAUAUGUAAACGCUAAUGCGGAAGAACUCCGAUCGAAAUUUGUCGCCCAUGAAGGGAAAAAAGAAUUGAUUGUCAACGCCGUAGGCACUCGUUACACGAUCGAUUUCGGGGACAUGGCCCAACAAAUGACGCAGCUUAUGGAACAACACAUUGUUGAUUCGGACCUGCGCAGUUGGAUCAUGGCCGACUUUACAACGACGACGGCCGUGGACAAGGUUGUUUUUGCUAUCACGAUGAUGUCCACAUUACAGAAGUACUUUGACUAUGGAUUUUGCUUAACCUGCAACCUACCCGCUAUUACCCUGCUGGGAGAGAAAAGCGACUGGGAAUGCUUGCUUACCAAGAUCGACAAACUCCUGGAUUACAGCAAGCAAACAAGGGAUUGGCACGCAUUGCUGAAGCCAGUCCUAAAGAGAUUCGUGGAGACAUUUGAACAGCCCGAGUCGAAGUCCACGGCGACAUUCUGGAAUCGAAUCGUCCAUUAUGUUGACGGCGGGAGUGGGUCCCCCUACAUCUGCGGGUGGAUUACUGCAUUUUGUGCAUUUAAUAACGACGGGAAGCCUUUGUUUGGCGGCCCAGUGGACCCUGACCGUAUCCUAGUACUUGACGGCGUGCAAUACCCUUGUGUAGAUACCGACGACAUCCCCUCCAGUUACUGUUCAGUGCCUGUGAAACUUAUCGACAAUAAUAAAGAAUUCAGCACUGUCAUGGUUGCUGGCGCGCUGGCCACCAAAACCAUGGACAGCAAAGAUGUUUCACCGGACCUUGAUGGGACACAGGACUCAAUCCAGCCAAUUUCCGGAUGGAUCAUCAUUUGUCGUGAAUUCCGGCCCCCGGACAUCAGGAUACCACCUUCAUCGAGCCUUGAUUUCGUAUAUGUGCCCGAGGAUGGAGUAGAAGACUUGGAAGGCUAUUGUCCAGGAGGGUAUCAUCCAACACAUAUCUAUGAUGAGUUUUGCAGAGGCAGAUAUCAGAUUAUUCACAAACUAGGCUACGGCUCCUAUUCCACUGUUUGGCUCGCUCAUGAUCGUGAAAAGAACCGUCAUGUUUCGUUGAAAAUCAUCACUGCCAAGGCCUCAAAGAACAAUUCCGAGUCUGAGAUUCUGCGGCAUCUCCAGAGUAGAGAUGUCUGUCAUUCGGGCCGUGAAUAUGUCAUCUCCUUGCUAGAUGAGUUUUCGUUUGAUGGGCCUAAUGGGCAUCACACAUGCCUGGUGACUGAUGCCGCUGGAUGCAUGCACAAGCCAUUGCUGCUAGAGUUGUUAUGGGUCUUGCCUAUUUGCAUUCCAAAGGAAUCGCUCACGGAGGCCCCUACCGGGCCAGAAGCCCCUAUCUACGCCGUUGUACCGAUGAGUCUGAUGAUCCCAAGUGAUAAGGUCGUGGACUGCAAAAUCAAGAUUAUUGAUUUUGGCACUGCGUUCUUUUUUGAUAAACCGCCAAAGGAACUAUAUACACCGAAUAUUCUUCUUCCUCCCGAGGGAUUGUUCCAUGAAACCAUUACAUCGGCCGCUGACUUAUGGACCCUUGGCUGCAUUCUCUAUGAGAUCCUGGGUGAACGACCUCUCUUCGAGACAGUAUUCGGAGAUCCGGACGAUGUGAUUGUGGAAAUGGUAAGCACUUUUGGGAAAUUACCCGAACGAUGGUGGCGAGGCUGGGAAAAUAAGCCAAAAUUCUUUGAUGAAUACCGGAAUUGGAAUUCAGGCAUUCAGGCAUUCAGACACCUGGAUUUAGGCCAUUUACCCAGCGACUUUGGGAUAUGGGGAGAGGAGAAGCACCAGCAACAUUUUAUGAGCCUAGUCGCCGUAUAUCGGCGGGGGACGCGAUGA